AUUACAGUUUUUGAUAUUUAUUUUUGUUGUGUGUUUCUUUUGAUCUGUCUAAUUUCACAUUCAUCAAUUUCGAGCCACUAAAAAAACCAUUUUUUUCAAAAUGAUGAAUAAUCAUUCAUUACAGAUGAUUUUAUUGUCAAUAUUAUUGAUUAUAACAUUUAAUUCAUCAUGUCAUCAAUCCAGUAAUGUUAAUGCAUAUCAAACAUUUGAAUUGAUUGAUUAUUGUCAACGUUUUGAUUCGAAUGUUAAAUUUUCGAAUAAUAAUGAAAAACAUUUUGAUGAUGAUAAUGAUGAUGAUAUAUCAUCCGGUAUGGUUAUUGAACCACCACCAUCAUCAUCAAAUGUUGAAUCGAAAUCAUCAUCCACUGUUAAUGAUUUAAACAAUUCAUUAAAAAUUGAUUCAAAUUAUGCAAGCAAAACAGUUAUUGUUGAUACUGGUUAUGAUACAUCAGCUGUACGAUUAAUUGUUAAUCCGGAAAAUGUAUUUCGUGCACGGCUUCGUUGUUCAAUAUUGGUUAUACCUAAAAAACCAAAUGGUUUAAUUGUAACAUUACGUAAACUUCAUGUACGACCGGGUACUGAUUGGUUAAGGAUAUCGAUUAAUAAUAGUUCAUUCACUCGGACAUUUUCACACAUACGUAUCAAUAGUGAACGUGAUUCAGUUGCCUAUGUAGCACAUCAUGGUGUUUUGAUUGAAUUUGCAACCCGUACCUAUUUACCAAAAGAAGAAAAAGUUGAAAUUGAAUUAAUUUUAACAUCAUUUCGUGAAGCAGAUUUAUGUGAUAUUGAUGAAGAAUUUGAUUGUGGUUCAUUUCGUUGUAUAUCGAAUCAUUAUGUUUGUGAUGGUUAUAAUAAUUGUGGUGAUAGUCGUGAUGAAACAAAUUGUCCAAUGGAUAAUAUUACCACUUAUUUGAUUGUCAGUACUACAUUAUUAUUGGCUUAUCGUAAUCAUCAUCAUAAACAAUAUCCAUAUUUACGUAUACGUACAAAUUCAACACCAGUUGCACCGGAAACAUUUACAAAUCAACAAUCAAGAAUUCGUUCACAAUCAAUACAAUCGGAAGCUGAUUUACCUGAUUCCGCAACAAAUAAUUCAUCAAAUUCAGCAUUUCGACGUUUUAAAUUGUCUGGUGAUUCGAUGCCAGUUUUGGUACCUACCGCACCAAACGCAUUUCAACCAACUGCAAAUAAUUAUGGAUCAUUAGGACAAACAUUUUUUCCACCAUCAUAUGUUAGUUAUCAACCAUAUACAAUUACAUUAACAACGGGAACAAAUCGUAUUGGUUUACGACCAUUACGACAAUUACGACGACAAAAUAGUUUAUUAAAUGAUGAUAUUAUACCGGAACAUCAUACAUUUCCAUUACCACCUCAACCAAAUUAUCCAAUAUUACAUCCACAAUUAUUUCAACCACCAGCAACAAUAACUUCUGCAUCAAAUCAUCCAAUAAAACCAUCAUCUCAAUCAACAACAACGGCAACAAAUAAUCAUCAUGAUGAUCCACCACCGCCACCUUAUUCACCACCCGGUUUAUUAUCAUCAACAUUACGUAAUAAAAAGGCUGAUAGUAUUGCUGUACAUAUUUCAAGUGAUCAAUUGAUUUCGAUUGGCGACAAAACCAUCACUAACAAUGAAAAUGGCUUGGAACCAAUUGCAUUAGUUUAUUUACGAUCAAUUGGAUCAAUGGAUUUCAUGGAUAAUCGUAAAACAGUAAAAACAUUAACCGAUUAUAUUCAUAAUAAUCUUCAAAUUGAACCAUCAAGAAUACGUAUAAUUUUACAAAAUUAUCAAACAGAUAUGGUUAGUGUUGAUGGUAAAUUGAUUUGUGAUCGAUUACAAUAAUAAAUUUUUAUUUAAGUUUUUUUUACAAUCAAUUUUUUGCUAAUAAAGAUAAUUAGAAAUCAUA